GCUUACUGGCCACUGCUCUAGAGUAUUGAAGAUGAUUGCUUUGUUCAAGCUAUAGUUCAAAAUGGUAGAACACGAAGUACGCAAGCGCAAAAAUGUAAAUUCAAAAACAAUUUUUUUAAUUUCUAAGUUUAAACUUGGGAUUAACAUUUUUUUAAAUUUAUUCUUAAUUUUCAAUACGGUAUUUUCUAACUAGAAUUUUUAAAAGUAUUCUUAAUUAAGAUUUUCGAGACUACAAAAAAAGUUAAUUUAAUAUUAAUUUAAUUAUUUUUGAUUGAAUUAUUAGCAAAACUGGUCCUAGAACAUUUCUAAUAAAAAGCUAGACAAAAUUCCUGGAAAACGUUAAAAAAAUAUGUAAAGUAAACUAUUUCAAAUUUUAACAUUUAAAUGUGUCAACAAUUACACUGCCAACAGCAACUCUCAAGCUUCUAGAAAUGAAAAAUGAGAAACUUUCACUACGCGCUGUUGUAAAAAGUUAUCUUAUCAAAUCAGUUAUAAUUCAUUUACGAACAACAAAAAUUGUUUAUACCAUCUACCGGGUUCCCACGCUUUAUACCUUCAACCCCAAAUUACACAAAGCGCUUAUCUGACAGAAGCCGGUUUAACUAUACUUUUCUUUUCAAACUAACGGCUAUUUAUAAUUAUUUACCGAAAUAAAAACAUGACAAAAGCACAAAUAUGGAAAGUGGAAACGGUAUACGGUAUAUGUGCCAUCUGUAUCAUGGCAUGUACUCGUAUAUAUGUAACUGUUUAUAACUAAGGUUUAAAAAAAAAAAGCAAUUUAUACGUAAAAACAGCAAAACAGGCCUAAUACCACUGCUUUUCGCCUAUAAAGUAUAACAUUUGUGUUUGUCCAGAGCUUAUUCGUUAUAAAGAGACUUAUGGAGCUGCAUAAUGAAUGUAAAUGCAUAGAAAUACUGCUACUGCUAGGAUUUAAUUUAUUUGGUUAUUUGUCUCUUUAAUUUUAAAAAUUAAAAUAACAAUUCAUAUGUAUUCGUAGAUCAGCUGCUGGUAUUUAUUAAAUUAAAGCGUAAGCGGCGAGUUUUGUUAUUGCAAUGUAACUGAAAUGGAGCAAACAUUACGCAAUUACAUCCACUAUCUUCUCACAUUAGAAGUCCUACAUAUAUAUUUAUAUAAGUACUGGAAAAUUAUUUGCGUCCGGCGACUUAUUAACUGAUCUUACUGACGCAAAUGCGGCUUGGCAUUGGUUGUGUGAGUUAGCCUUUAGGUUGAAAUAAAUAUACAGUAUGUGUGCAUAAAACUAUGUAUGGCACGAAAAGAUUUGAAUAUAAUUCUGUAUAAAAAUAAAAUUGAUUUGAAAUAAUAAUUUGAAAUUAGAUGAGAGUAAAUAUUUAAUAUGUAUGUAUGUAUGUAUGUACUUGUCUUCGCUCUUAAAAAAAUAAAUUAAAUUUUCUUGAAAAUUUAUUGGCUGAUUUUCAGUGCAUAGUCUUAAGGCAGUUCGUAAUAUUUAAUUAAUUAAAUUUCAAUAUCCGUUUUAUAUGAUACAGAUUGCGAUAUCUUUUUAAUUAAUAUUUGUGUCUAAACUUGAAAUUAUUCAUUAGGUAAGUUUAGCAUAUAUUCUCUUGAAUUAUUGAAUUUCGAUCAUAGCGCACUAUUUCUAGGAACCUUUUAUUUCAGCAAAUUAAAUUAAAUAAAAUAAAAUUGAAAAUGUUUUUUUUGUUUUAUUUUUUAUAAAGAGUAUAUCAAAAAUUAGUUACUUAACUUUAAAAAUAUAUAUAUUUAAGUAUGUUCUCAAAAAUGCAUAUGUUUUAAAAAAAUUUGAAACAUAAAAGUAAAAAAUAUCUCAGAAUUUCUAAAAGUAUAAAUAUUUGUAAAUUUCAUUAACAAAGAAAUACCAUCUGAUCAAAUUUGACGCGAAAGUAGUGCAUUCAAAAGGGGCGCAUAAAUUAAAUCGAUAAACUUUUUUUUUCUUGAUUGGUAGCUAUUUGUUUACGACGCGAAAAGUUUGUCUGGCGAUUUUGACCAUGAAACCAUAUUUAGAUGAACAGAUACUGUAAGUUUCACGCUGACAUUAUGCAGCUUUAACAGCUUGUACAUACAUACCUUAGUGAAGAUCUAACCAAAAGGUAUAGAAAAUACACAUCAUCCUUUGGAUAUAAAUAUAUGCAAUUAUUUGUCGUGUGUACAUAAGUGCAUGUAGAAUAAUUCAAUUUUGUGUCUACAUCUGUCAUAAAAAUGUCACAUUUCUUAGUUGUUAAAUUUGCGGCACAAGAUAGCUUCUGUAUAUAUGCACCUGUUUACGUAUGUAUAUACCUUCACAUAUACUUCGUAUUGAGUGGGCGAAAAGGUUUAAAUAGAUGGCUAUUUUCUUAACUGACAUUAGUAGCUUAGAGGCGCGAAGGUUAGACAGUACAAAAAAUUCGAAAGACUUUUAUAUUUAGCGUUUAAUUAGUACUCAAAACAAGCAUUGUUAUUUUUUAUAUAUAAAUUAGUUUAUGCACAAAUUGAAAAUUUCGAGAAAAGAAAUUAUUCAUUAGAAUAGCAAACAUUUAAAGUCAACUCAAAUACAAAACUAUAUAAACAAAAUGGUACUUUCAAUUAUACAUACAGAACCCGUUAAGGUAAAUCGUAAACAUGGGGCCAUUUCAUUUUCAGAAGCUUUAUCACUUACCGGUUUCGGUAAAUUCAAUUACUUCCUCAUCUUCAUUUCUGGCAUGGUUUUGGCCAAUGUUUUGUUGGAGACGGCAGCUAUGGGUUUUAUUUUGCCAAUUGCACAAUGUGACUUAAAUCUUACGAAUCAGGAUAAAGGCGUCUUGAGCGCCAUUAGUUUUGCUGGUAUCAUAACAAGCUCACAUCUGUGGGGCUUUUUGGCCGACACAAAGGGGCGUAGACGGGUUAUUAGGCCGACAUUGUUGGCAGGCUUUAUUGUCACAUUAUUCUCAAGUUUUUCGCACACAUUUUGGGUGAUGGUGUUGUUGCGUUUCAUCAAUGGAUUUUUUGUCUCUGGUGGUUCGGCUACAAUUUAUGCCUACCUCGGCGAGUUCCACACAGAUAAGACACGUUCGCGCGCCAUGAUGGGUUCUUCAUUUAUCUUCGCGAUCGGCGCGAUGAUCUUGCCAAUGAUUGCCUUCCUUGUCAUCAAUCAAGACUGGGUCUUGCCCUUGCCUUUCUUGGGCAUUGAUUAUAAGCCUUGGCGUUUAUUUUUAAUCGUAUGCGGCAUACCCGGCAUGCUUUGCGGUCUCUCCAUGUUCGCUUUGCCUGAAAGUCCGAAAUUCCUCUUGGCGCACGGUAGAGAGGCGAAAGCCAUUGAGGUCUUGCAAAAAAUGCAACGUUGGAACGGUGGCACUCAAGAUCUAAAAUUAAAACACAUCCUACCGGAGGAGGAGACACCCGGCUCAAUGAUGCAGCUGAACAAUCAAUCGGCUUCGAAGGAGAACUUUGCCACCGCUUUUCUGAAGAGCAUGUGGAACCAGACUGUGCCAUUAUUCCACAAACAAUACAUACGCGUCACAUUGAUUGUUUGCAAUAUGCAAUUUUGGUUGUAUGUGGUAACGAACGGCAUGUACAUGUGGUUCCCGCACAUCAUUAAUUCUAUGGUCGAGUUCAUGAAUGCUCACCCAGGCGAACACAAAGAGAUCUGUCAAAUUGUGUACGACAAACAUGAGAGCUUAUAUAAGUCUGAUGGUACAAUGGAAUGCGUUGCCAAAUUAGAGAACACUACAUAUUUUUACUCAUUAAUCAUGGAGAUCUUGUACGCUUCCUCGUUUGCCUUUAUUGGCUUGGUAAUCAACCGAGUCGGCAAGAUAAGCAUACUUUUUAUUUCAACAAUUUUCUUCACCUCAUGUGGCCUUGCUGCAGUCUUUGUGGUCGAUCCAUCGAUUGCAGCGUAUCUGUAUGUGCUCUUCUUUUUGGUAGGCGUGGCAAUUAAUGUUUUGGGCGCUGCCACAGUUGAGCUUUAUCCCACACAAAUGCGUGCCAUGGCAAUAUGCGUCUCGCUGAUGUUCGGCCGCUUGGGCAGUGUUGUGGGCGCUAAUAUUGUGGGUGCGAUACUGGCUAAAAACUGCGAACUGACUUUCUACACCGCUUGUAUUGCCUUGUAUGUCUGCGCCUUCUUAGUUCUACUGAUACCGCGAAGAACUUUGGCGCCCCCAGCUAAGCCCGUUUUGGAUGAGGCAUAAAUGUGUGAAGACGCGUAAAUUCUUAUUCUAAAUUGCGACUUAAAUGCGGAUAGCAUACUUAACUUCGCAACUACUAGUAGGGAUGGAUGUUAUACUGUUAUUAAAAAUUGUGAUUCUCUGUGUGCGUGAGUGUUUGUGUGAGUGAAUAUUUAAUUAGUAUUUUGUAUGAAAGUGUUUUUAUUUUGCGGUGCUUAUUGAGAUCGUGUGAGAUACGUGUUUUUAGAUAAAAUAUAUUGAAUGAAACUACAAAUAAAGCAAAAAAUCAAAUAAAAUAAAA